AUGUCCGGCCUAGGAGCUUGGAUAUGGGGAACGUCCCAGCUCGACGAUGCUAUCGACAAGGCCACCUCAGAACUUCUACCAGUCGGCUCAGAAGAUAUCGCUCUCAACCUCGAGAUAUGUGAUCAAAUUCGUUCCAAAUCUGCGCCUGCAAAGGAUGCCAUGCGCGCUUUGAAGCGACGGCUGAACCACAAGAAUCCCAACGUCCAGUUGCUGACCUUGAGUUUGACGGAUAUCUGUGUGAAGAAUGGCGGGGACUUGUUUCUGAAUGAAGUGGCGUCGAGAGAGUUUAUGGACAAUCUGGUUUCGAUCCUCAAGAUGCCGGCGCUGAACGUCGACGUCAAGAACACCAUCCUUCGCCUCAUCCAGAACUGGAGUAUCGCCUUUGAGGGCAAGCCUUCGUUGAGCUAUGUAGGCUCGGUGUACAAGAUGUUGAAGAAUGAAGGCUUCAAGUUUCCCCCUAAAGACCUUGCGCUUGCCAACUCAGCAAUGAUAGACACGCAAACCGCCCCAGAAUGGAUCGACUCCGACGUCUGCCUGCGGUGUAGAACCUCUUUUACGUUCACCAACCGGAAGCACCACUGUCGCAACUGUGGUGGCGUCUUUGAUCAGCAGUGCUCCUCCAAGUCGAUGCCACUACCACACUUUGGGAUCACCCAGGAUGUGCGGGUGUGUGAUGGGUGCUAUAACAAGUUGACUCGCAAAGGCGAGAGGGCGAAGAAAGAGCCAAGGUCCCCGACGAAGGAUACCUCUGCCUCGAAGCACUCGUCAUCGAGAACGAACAGGACAACAACUCAAGACCUCGAGGAUGCGGAGCUGCAGCGGGCGAUCCAGUUGUCAUUACAAGAGUCGCAGAACAUGCGGUCGGGAUAUGUGCCCUCUGAACCUUCGCCGACGAAGUGGCAGAUCUCGGAACCACCUAUCGUGGAUCGAAGUACCUACCCUAGCAAGCAGGUCGAGGAUGAGGAAGAUGAUCCGGAUCUCAGGGCGGCCAUCGAGGCGAGCUUGAGGGAGGCGAACGCACCCCGGCCAAGCGCACCUGUUGUUGAAACCCCGCGGUACGAGGAGCCCCAGUAUGCCCCAAGUCUGCCACCUGUGCCUUCGGUACCGAACCACGACCUGGAUCCUCUGGAAACCGAUGCUAUCCUCACGUUCAACCAAACUGUGGAACAGGUAGAGGCUUCGGGAGGCAGGGAUCUGUCGCGCUAUCCUGCGGUUACCGAGCUCUACGACAAGGCCAGCAGUCUGCGGCCCAAGCUGGCUCUCAGCCUGGACGAUACGACGCGGAAACAAGAGAUGUUGUCGGAGAUGCAUAAUAAACUUUCAGAAGCCGUAAAGCUUUACGAUCAGAUUUUGACCCAGCAAGUCUCACAACCCCGGUACCGCUCGUCGAUCGCCUCGCCUUCUGCUCCCUAUCAAGCAUCUGCCAAUGCCUACUAUACCGCUGGUUAUGCUAACGCUCAAUGGGCAACUCCCCAGGUCCAACCGCAGUCAACUGGUUAUUCUGUGACCCCUGUAGAGCGGGCUUCUUCAUCGCAAUGGAAUCAACCGCAAGCUGCUUCUUAUGGUCAAUCUUCGCACCAGUAUGCUCCAUCGGCUCCUCCAACUACCCAACACGCCCCGCCUACCGCUCAACCUAGCCUUCCCCCCGUAACAUUCGGUCCCCACACUGUCCAAAGCCCACCGCCUGUCUCUGUACCCCAAUCACCUCCUGCGCAACAUGCGUAUGCUCCACCUGCACCUGUCCUUUCUCCUCCUCCCCCUCCACAACAACACUCUCCGAACCUCGCUCGCCACAACACCGUUUCACAUCGCUCUGUUCCCGCUCAGAACCCUCAAUUGGCCCGUAGUAACACGAUAUCCGCACCUUCUCAGCCUGCCCAAAGGUACCACCACCACCACCAGCAACAGCAACAGUACCACCAGGACCAUGCUAGUCAACUACUUGCGUCGGCCCCAGCUCCUCCGACGACGUAUUUCCCUUCGGCGCCUACGUCGGUUCCUCAGUUCGAACAGCAGGAGGAGAGGAAGGAGGCCCUGUUGAUUGAUUUGUAG